ACAGAUUGGUUUGAAAGUCUCCCACGACACUUUAUCACCUCUAAUAUCAGCCAGAGUCCUGCCUUCUGCCUUUACUUUCUAGCCUCUUGUUCAAUUGUCCAAUUCGGGCAAGCCAUCUUCAGCACGAUGGUUUUUCGCCUCCAGCGAGCCCUGCUAUCCCUAGUGCUCUUCUCCUUUCCUUGCCUGCAAUCAGUGUCCGCUAACCCCGUAAGACCUCGGACCGAUUAUGCUGUGAAAGACUUUCAUCCAGUGCCUCCAGCAUGGAGCAACCUUGGAAGUCCUUCAAGCGACCACAUGAUUAGUCUAUCAUUGGGCCUGACUCAAAGUAGAUUCGAGGAACUCGAAAAACAUCUCUACGAGGUGUCGGACCCAUUUCACGCCAGAUAUGGCCAACACCUUACGGCCAAGCAGGUUCAUGACCUGGUCAAGCCCUCAGAAGAAGCCACGCAUGAGAUCCACAAAUGGCUGCAUAGCCAUGGCAUCGAGCCGGAUCAAUUGAAGUACAGCCCAGCCAAAGACUGGAUUUCGAUCACGCUGCCACUGUCCAAAGUGGAAGAAUUGCUCGACACCAAGUAUUUCGUCUACCAACAUAACGUAGACGGCUCAAUAUUGAUUCGAACUGAGGGCUACUCGCUCCCCCGAUAUCUUCACAAACAUGUCAGUACUAUCCAGCCGACAAACUCUUGGGCCAGACUAGGAGGACACCAAAAGCGCAACCAAAUUCAAAAGCGAUCAAAGCACGUCUUGGUGGAUGCAGAGGACUGGACCACAGCACCAGUUUUGCCUCUACCGGACAAUGCUACAGUGGCAACGGCAUGCAACUUCACCAGUGUGACACCAGAUUGCCUCAGAACGCUCUAUGGAACACUUGAUUAUGAGGUGAAAUCAGCCGGUGUUAACAAAAUGGCUCACACCAAUUAUCUGGACGAAGCCACAAAUCGAUCAGACAUCAGCAUCUUCCUUGGUCUCUAUCGACCCGAAGCGCAGGCGUACGCGUAUGAGUUUGAAGCUAUAUCAAUCGAUGGCGGAGUGCUCGACAAUGGCACCAACGUCGCGGAUGAAAUGCUGGACCUCGAAGCCAAUCUUGAUGCCGAGUAUAUGAUCGGUAUUGGAUAUCCCACACCACUUAUUGCUUACCAUACUGGCGGGCGGAAUCCCAGUUUCGUGCCUGACCUAGCAACUCCGGACAACAGUGAUGAGCCGUUCCUCGAAUGGGCCAACUGGGUUCUCGAACAGGAUGAUCUUCCUCAAGUCAUUUCGACGUCAUAUGGCGAUGAUGAACAAACUGUCAGUCGAGCCUAUGCUCAAGCGACCUGCAACCAAUUUGCUCAAUUGGGCGCCAGAGGCGUGACGUUGUUCUUUGCAAGUGGAGAUAGCGGCGUGGGCGAUGAUGAUCUUUGCUAUUCAAACAAAGACAACACGACUUAUCAGUUCUUGCCCUCUUUCCCCGCGAGUUGUCCUUAUGUGACUGUCGUGGGCGCUACGAGGGGAUAUCCUGAGUCUGCUGCUUGGAGAUUACUUCACUCUGGAGGCGUUUUCACUAGUGGUGCAGGAUUUAGCAAAUAUUUUGACCGGCCUGAGUAUCAAGCCAAGGCGGUGUCGUCUUAUGUGAAGGGUCUUGACGGAUUGUAUGAUGGGUUAUACAAUCCUGGUGGCCGUGCCUAUCCUGAUCUUUCUUGCAUCGGUCAAGUCUUUCCUACCAUUUGGAACGGCAGUACUCAUGGACUGGUCGGCACGUCUGGCUCAUCUCCAAUCUGUGCUGCGGUGUUUGCUCUUCUGAACGAUGCCUUGAUCACCGAGGGGCGACCUCCAGUUGGAUUCCUCAACCCUUGGUUGUAUGCACAGGGACACAAGCUGUUCACUGAUGUGACCAACGGGAGCUCAUCCGGGUGUAAUACAACGGGAUUCCCUGCAACUCCAGGUUGGGAUGCAGUGACAGGAUGGGGGACUCCUUAUUUGCCUAAAUUGUUAAAGGCUUUUGGAUUAUUGGGUUGAUGGGUUGGUGUUGUUGGGGAGACGAGGUGACCGAUGGACUCAUGAUGAUGUUAUAAGCCCA